AUGAUGAACAGUGAUGAUGAGAAGAGAAGGCCGCUAAUAUUCAUUCUUGGCUUCAUGAACAGCCAGCCAAAGCACUUCGAAACGUUGAAGAGGUUCUAUGAAAAUUUUUGGUGAGUUUUGUUUUGUACAGCAUGCUGCAGCUUCCUUUUUCCAAAUUCUGAGUUUUCGAUUAACAAGGGAAGUACCCUAAGUCGCUCAGUUUUUGACGAAACUUGGCACAAAUUAAGAAUGAUUUUUUCUAAAAUAUAUGCGAGAAUCCUAUCCCGCGUUUUGCAGAAACAACCGAGAUUUUUAGAUCAAAAGUCGGCGAAAAGUUGACACUUUUUGCCGAAUUUUGGCACGAAAAGAUUUAUGCUUAUUUCUACCAUAGAGGGUAAUGUUUCUACAAAAAAUCAAAAUCCUUGUAAGCAAGCUAAAAUUUUGAGGCGCUCAUUAGUUUUUCGUAUGUCGCGGCCUGCGACGCUGAUGACGUAAGUCGGCCACCGUCUCAACCCAAGUCCCAGCGCUUCAAUCAAAGUCGUGAAAAGCCCUGAAGACGUUUUUGAAUAACACAUAUUUCUAGUGAAGAAGUGAUUGUUCAUAUCGGCGAAAUGUACAACGAAUAUGUCUGGCCCAGUGGGAGUGAGGGCUACGAGUUUAUCAAGGAAAUUUAUCUUCCGAAAGUCGCCGAAUACAAAGACCAUCCCGUAAUAAUUCACAGCUUCAGUCAGAAUGGCGGACGGCUUUUCUAUUAUCUGUGGCGAUCAUUGAACUACGAACAGCGAAGUCAAGUCAAAGGAAUCAUCGGCGAUGCGUGAGUUUAGGGUUGUAUAUUUGAACGCCGACAAAUCGCGGGAAAAAGGUUUGAGAAUUUAUCGUGGUCUCGAAUUCUAUCGUACUAUGAAAAAAAUGAAUUGUCGCUGCAAAAAACACGAAUCGCGCGAGAUGUAAGGCAAAAAACAAAAAUGUGCCAAAUGGGUUUUUUGGGUCAAAAAUGCACUGUACAAAGCAAGAUUUUCUUUAAAUUUUGCACACACUUUGGGCAUAGACUAGAUAUCAAUUCCUCAAAGUUUUAGCUCGAGCUUUACAAGCGCCGAUGAACGAUCUUUGCCGCCGAGAGAGUAUGCUAACCGCGGAGAGCGGUCAGAGGCAAAAAUUGUUUCUGCAAAGCGCGAGGUAGGAUUUUUGCAUAUACAUAUUUUAGAAAAAAAUAUUCUAAAUCUGUUCCAAGUUUUAUCAAAAUCUGAGCAUCACCCUUAUGGUAAAUAAGGGCGACGUAAAUUAAACUUCCUCUCAUUUAUCACAUUUUCAGCGGUCCAUGUGAGCUCUCUUCCAUUCCCUCUUAUUAUUUCAACCAACGCUUCUCCAGUUGGCCACGGAAAGACAAAACAACGCGAAACUUUUGGCUCAAAUGUGUUCCUCAAAACCUUGUCAACGCCGCCAUAACAUGCCCGCUGAUUUUCUUCGGCCUGUUUGGUCAUUACACUCCAGAGUUGCGGAAAUACGAUCUGCCGGAGAAGCAGCUCUACCUCUGCUCCAAGAGCGACAAUGUUGUUCGCUUUAAGAACUUCCGCGACUACGCCAUCGAGCAGUUGGACAAAGGGAAGACGGUGAAAUUGAAGACAUGGGAACAGGGAGGUCAUUGUAUGCAAUUCCGCGAGCACCCCGAGGAAUACUUUGAGGAAUGCGAGAAGUUUGUGAGGGAAUGCUUGGCAAACGAUGACUUCUGGAGGAAACGAGCAAAAUUGUAA